UUGUUCUUAGUUGGCUCCUCCCUCGGCGAGGUCUCUAUAUAAACCCCUUCAGCGAGCCGGGCAGCAGAAUUGUAUUCAUCACUGGCUGCAGAUAGAGCAGCCCACACUCUCCUGGACUAACUCAUUCAUCAGCUUGGAUUAUUCUUCACUGACCCACAUUUUAGCUCCGCAAUGACAGUCCGAGCCGAAGCUUCCGGACCCACAUUAACGUAUUCAAAGAUGAGGGGAGUUGUUGCAAUACUCAUCGCUUUCAUGAAACAGAGACGAAUGGGGCUAAAUGACUUCAUUCAAAAAAUAGCCACCAACUCCUACCCGUGCAAGCACCCUGAAGUUCAGUCUAUUUUGAAGAUCUCCCAGCCUGAAGAGCCUGAACUUAUGAAUGCUAAUCCUUCCCCUCCACCCAGCCCAUCACAGCAGAUCAAUCUUGGUCCAUCAUCCAACCCACAUGCCACGCCAUCAGACUUUCAUUUCUUAAAGGUUAUCGGAAAAGGAAGUUUUGGAAAGGUUCUCCUUGCAAGGCAUAAGGCAGAAGAAGAAUUCUAUGCUGUUAAAGUACUGCAGAAGAAAGCAAUCCUGAAAAAGAAGGAGGAGAAACACAUAAUGUCAGAGCGCAAUGUCCUGCUGAAAAAUGUGAAACACCCUUUCCUGGUUGGGCUCCACUUUUCUUUCCAGACUGCAGACAAAUUGUACUUUGUCCUUGACUACAUCAAUGGUGGAGAGUUAUUCUACCAUCUCCAGAGGGAACGUUGCUUCCUGGAGCCAAGAGCACGGUUUUAUGCUGCUGAAAUAGCCAGUGCACUGGGUUACUUGCACUCUCUGAACAUAGUUUAUCGGGACUUGAAGCCAGAGAAUAUCUUGCUAGAUUCUCAGGGGCAUAUUAUCUUGACUGACUUUGGACUCUGCAAAGAGAACAUAGAACACAAUGGCACUACCUCCACGUUUUGUGGCACACCUGAGUACCUUGCUCCUGAAGUUCUUCAUAAGCAGCCCUACGACAGGACUGUUGACUGGUGGUGCCUUGGAGCAGUUUUGUAUGAGAUGCUUUAUGGACUGCCCCCCUUCUACAGCAGGAACACAGCAGAAAUGUAUGACAAUAUCUUGAACAAACCCCUGCAAUUGAAACCAAAUAUUACCAAUUCUGCUAGACACCUUCUGGAAGGCUUGUUACAAAAGGAUAGGACAAAGAGAGUUGGUGCUAAGGAGGACUUUAUGGAGAUUAAGAAUCACAUCUUCUUCUCCCCAAUUAACUGGGAUGAUCUCAUUAAUAAGAAGAUUACACCUCCUUUUAACCCAAAUGUGAGUGGUCCGAGUGAUCUGCGACACUUUGACCCCGAGUUUACAGAUGAGCCAGUCCCCAACUCCAUUGGCCAAUCUUCAGACAGUAUCCUCAUUACUGCUAGCGUCCAGGAAGCUGCUGAAGCGUUUCUGGGCUUUUCGUAUGCCCCACCCAUGGAUUCUUUCCUGUGAACAUUUGUUUUCCUUUCUUCUUGGUUUUUAAUUAUCAUAUUGGCCUUCUGGCUGAGCUGCCAGUUGACCAGUCAUCUUGAAACAGAAUUUGCACAUCUCCACCAUGGCAGCUUUGCAGCCUUAAUUUCAACUACACUGUUUGCUGGAAGCUUUUUUUUUUUGAUCAGCACAUAACUCCUCUAAACAAGCUUACAAGCAUUUUGAUUUGUUCUUCCCCCAAAGUGGUGCUAUCUCCUUGGGAAAGAACAUUAGAAGUGACUGUUGCCAUAGCCUGCUAUGGUAGAUUGUAGGAAUAAUAACCUGCUGUUUGGAAAUAAUGUUCUGAAAAGCCUUGCCUGAAGACCUGGAUGUGAUGAGGAUUUUAUGAAACGUGCCUUUUUUUCUGAUGAGAUCGAGUUAAGCUCCAAACUUUUCCUGUUGCAAAGAGUGUUUCUCAGUUCAGUUAUGUGGGUUUACUAUGUGAACAAAUGGUAUGAGUGUGAUAUGCAUACUACAGAGGGACAUAGUUUAAAGCAUCAAUGUAACACUUGCAGGACACUACAAUGUGGGGCAUUGUUUGUUUCUUCCAUAUUUGGAAGAUAAAUUAAGUGUGGAGUUUGAUUUUGUUUUGUAAAUAUACAGUUAACUAAAAUUAUUGAAAUGGGCUCACAAUUAAUUAUAUCCAAAUGCUUGAAGAAAGCAUUGCUGCUAUGAAAAGUUUCUAUUUUUAGAAAGGUUUUUAUGGACCAAAAUGCCCCAGCUGCAGUUGGUCAAAGCUGUUGGUUUAUUUCUUGUUUGUUUGUUUUUUAAAAUUGUCAUCUGUAAAGUGGGCAUUAUUGGGGGGUGGGGGAGUGUUGCAUUGUAUGUAUUGUAAAAAAAAAAAAAAAAGUCUGUACAUUCAGUUGAAACUCUAGAUGUGUAUUUAAACUUACAGCCUGGCUUGUAAUGUACACCAUCAUUGUAAUGUAAUUAACAUGGUUAUGUACUUUUUUUUUUUUUUUUUUUUUUUUUUGCGUGACCAAACCCAUUGGUUUGCAGUAAAAUCUUGAACAUUUCUGUAAACUGUCAGGUUUUUUCAUUUAAAAAAACACCUUUUCCAUCACAAAUUCAGUCAAGUUUGCUUUUUCAAGGGUUUAAAAAUCCAGACUCUUUUUAUCUUUAGUCUAGAUUAGGGUUUAGCUGAAGUCAAAAAUAAAUUUAAGUUACACUGGCAUAACUUUUGAUUACGGGUGUGAUUUCUGAUAACUGUCCUUGUGUGGAUGCAGUUAUACCAGUGUAAAGGUGCCUUACCUGUAUAUUCUUCCCCUAUGGGAAUAGCUAUACUGUUAUAAGCACUCCUACACCAGAACAACUGUUAGGUCUCAGGGGUUGUACUGCUAAAGUGAGACAACUUUCUAGUACACCCAAGCACUAAGUAUAAUUACGAAGGGAGAUGGUGCCUGAUGCCGAGGGGGUUUGUUCUGGCUUCAGUCCUUUCUAAUGCCCUUUCAUAGACACUUUCUGGGUUCAUCUACACUACAAAAUCAGUACUAGCAUUACAACAGGGAAGCUGUACUUGGGCCAAAGCACUAGUGUAGAUAGGGCUCAGGUAUCUUACCACCCUGUAAUGGAAACAUAAUCAGAGUAGAUUUUCAUGACUCAUUUGGUUAAACACUUCAGCCCUGCUUACAUCAGCGCUACUGCCCAUCAGGGUGGUUGCUCAAGUGUGUUUGUUCUGUACUGAUUUUUCUAGUGUAGUCAGACAAGGCCUAGGUCAAUUGGCAGGUAGACUUCUCUACUGGAGCAAACUCAACUGAACAAGUAUUUAAUUACUGGGGUGGGAACAUGUCUGAAACUGAGCUGAACAACAUGAGCUCAUGCCACUGAAUGAGGCUCAGGCCUCAAAGGACAGUGGUUCAUCUUUCAGUAGAAGAAAUUUUAAGGAAACUUUCAGUGAGGUCCCGACUCAGCUUCCAUUUCUGCAUGUAAGCAAUAGAUGGUGUGAGCCUGUGAGGUGCUGAACACCUGUGUUUUA